AUGGCACCGAGCAGCACAGCGAUCCCCGAAAUCGCUGCGGCUCCGGGAGCCCCGCGUGGUGUUGGCGUGCCGGCGUCGCCGUCACGGGGCUCCCGCAUGUCAAAAUGCAAGCGGUUCCUGCAGAACCUAAACGGUCCGGCGUUCGACCUGAAAGCCGUCCAGGAGGCGCAGCACACUUUUCUCGAGGAGGAGUCGGUGUGCAACGCGGCCCAAGCCUACCCAAUGAGCGACAUUACCUCGCUCCUGGCGGUCGGCUCGUGGAAGGACGCCUCUAAUCCGGAACUGCUCAAGGCGCACAACAUCCGCUACGUCCUCAACGUUGCGAAGGAGCUGAUCCCGACGGAGGAGGCGAAGCUGAUUGCGCAGAACAACGAUAUUGUGUCAGAGUGGAUCCCGAUGAACGACUCGCACACACAGGAUGUCUCUGAGUACCUGAUCAAGGCAUUUCGCUUCAUCGAGCGCGCGCGCAGUGAGCACUCUCGUGUGCUGGUACACUGCCGCCGUGGUAUCUCCCGCAGCGCCGCCAUUAUCGUAGCCUACCUCAUGGCAUCCGAGCACCGCAGCUACGAAAACGCCCUGAAGUUUGUCACGGAGCGGCGGAGCUGCGUUUCGCUCAAUUUGGCGUUCCAGGAGCGUCUGUCCGAGUUUGUGCCCAGCAGCGAGUUCUUCCACGGCCCCCCGACACAGCAGCAGCAGCAGCAGCAGGAGCCCGGUGCUGCCUCUCCGCCCUCCGCCUCCUCUUCUGACUCCCUGCUGCCCACGCUUGCUGGCGUCGCACCGCGCACGGACAGCGGCCACGCCAACCACUCUAGUCAGCCGCAGCCCCUGCAGGAGGCAGACCACCCUCUGCUGCUUCUGCCUGAGUGCCGUAGCGUGACGAGCAGCACCGGCAGCAGCCGCGCCAGCAGCAGCAAGCGCACCGCGCCGUCGCAAAGCCUCGGGCCGCGAACGGCGGCCAAACAGGCGAGCGUGUUGUGCUCAGCGACCUCCACUGCAACGCCGGCAUCGACGAGAGUCACCUCUGGCAAGUCCGGCAAGUCGACGUCGCUCGAGAAGACGCUCAGAUUGCAUGCGCUACCGAGGCAGCAGCAGAGCCGCCGUGGCAGCGCCGCACCGCAAGCGCUUGCUUUUACUAGCACAACUCGAUUGUCGGCCCGGUCGACCGCUACAGCUGUCGCGCCGGGCAUCCAGAGCGCCGAGGGCGAGGUGAUAGCGACGCCUGCGCCGGAGAGCGUCGGCAGCCGUGACGAUGGCGAUGACGAAGUAGAGGAACCCUGUUCACCGCUGGGCCUUCACGGCCGCCGUGCCCUUGCGCGGCUCAACUGUGCGCAGGCAAGCAGCAGCUCGGCAUCUGCCGGGCCGCGGAAGCAGCUGCCGCGCACUUGUUCAGAGGAAGAGGAGGUGCUCACCACUGCCAUGGCGAUGACGGCCACCGUCACGACUACGCUCAUGCAUGUCAACAAGUGUGGCCCCGAUGAGAUGCCCGCGGCAGCGAACGAAGAAGUCGGCGAUGGCGAGGUUCGAUGCAGCAGUAGCAGCCCCAACACGAGUGAAAGCCACUUACAUCUCCACCACAGCCCUCGCGCGCCAACGCAGCGCGGCAGCGCCUUCGACGUCUCGGACGGCGAGGCCGACGACAGCGGCUCCAUCGCCGGCACUGGCACCCCGCUGUCUUUGCAGAAGAAAAGUCAGCGGAACCCGCGCGUCCGCAAGGCAGUUUCCGCCAACUCGACCGGCGCACCGGCGUCGGAAAAUGAGGGCAACAGCAGCGAGGGCAGGCAGGAGCACGCGGCAGGCGAGCGCAACCGCAGCCCUACCGCUACCGGGGGUGGCGAUUCGACGGGUACGGCAGUCGCCAUGGACGGCCUUCCGGCCACGCGUUACGGCACUCAGAGUGCAUUCAACGAAGAAGGAGUGGCAUCACAGUCACCGACGGCGGUGCACCCAUCCUCUGUCGUGGCCGGGGUCACAUCCCGUGCGUCAAGUCUUAGCGGCUGA